CGUCAAACACGCGACGACCACGGGCCAGUGCGCGCGUUCGCAGCACGAUUAUUGUUAUUGUUUUUAUAUGAAAUAAAUCGAGGCAAAGGCGAGAUGUCACAAAAACUGGUGAUUACGUUGGUGUUGGCGUGCGCGGCGCUGGAGGUCGCCACGAUGCCGGCCAACGUACCUUCAACGCAGAGCACAAAAGAAGAAUCUACAAACAAAUCUGAAGAAAGCAAUGAAAGAUCUCUGACGUACAACGAAAAUAUGACGAACUCCAAGACUGAUAAAAUUCUUGAUCAAAUCCAAUCUAUCAAUCAAGGUUUAAGAGAACCUGAUAAGCCAAAUGUAGUCCCCAACAGACGAGCACAAACUGGAGCCGAAUACGUUAUUGAUGAAGGCACAUUUGACAAAAUCCAACAAAUCGUGGCGUCCAUCAAACCUCGCCCGUUCUCGCAGCAACAGGACGAUAGCUACGUAAAUAAUGUCGACGAUUUGAGCCAAAGUCUUGCGAGAUCAAAAGCAUUAAGAUUUGAUACAAAUUCGAUCAGUAAUGACGUCUUACCCGCGGCGUCUUUGCCUUACAUCACAAGUAUACCUGUUAUGGUGAUCCCCUCCAAGCCUGAUUUAUUUGAUACAAAAACUGCAAUGAACUUAAUACGACAAACCAAUUAUCAAACAAGACAAGAUUCGCCAUCAUUCCCAUUUCAAUUUCAAUGGCCGCUAGCCUCUUUUUUUCCAAUAUUGGUGAAAGAUCCUCUCCUGGGAUUUUUGCACGGUGGGGGUUGGAACAAUUUUUUUGAAGUUGGUCAAAGCGCCGACGUCUGCAGUCGACGACAGAAAUCACGCGACACGAGUGAUAUCGAAAGUGAUAUUUUUAGCGACGCUAUUGAAAACCGAUCAAGUGAUUCUCCGCAUGUAACAAACAUAAAACGUCAUUCUAGAGUAACUCGUUCCCUUAAAAAAAGGAACAUUCCCACACCGAGUCCCCUUCUAAAUACAGACAACGGCAAAAAGUCGAAAAAAGUCUCUUUAAAGCCACUCUUAACACGAACAAAAACUAAGAAACCACAAGUGGAACAAGAAAAAGAAAUAAUUGAAAACGGUGGAGACCUACGUUUUCCUUUUAGCGAUUUUACUUGGUUCGGUAAUAAAAAACCUGUAGCACCUAGUCCAGGUUUCUUUAUAAACAAAAUGAAGGUGAGAAGAGGCGGCGUGGCCAUUGCCGGCCCGGGUGGCGUGGCUACGGCCGGACGAGGCGGCACCGCCAUCGUGGGCCCGGGCGGGCUGGCCUACACGCAGCCCGGCGGCCUCGCCGUCGCGGGGCCCGCUGCACGCGUCAUCGCUUUAUCACCGUACACCGACCUAACAUCACUCGUAUCACGCCUUCAUCAACAAUCCCUCGAUGGAUCGAUGCCGAGAUCAUUUAACCCAUUAAACUCAGGUAAUCAAGCCGAGUAUUACUACAACGGAAUGGAUUUUGAGGAAGGAUAUUCUGAUAACUCUACGAUUGUCAUACAUUUAAACCCGAGGGCACACGCCCUGACCGGACCGUAUGGGAUUGCAAUUGCUAACCCGAUAUCACAGGUGAUAGUGGGGAGAAACAAACAGGUGGCAGUGGCGUACGACCCCGAGGCGACGGCGGUGGCCGGGCCGGGCGGCAUCGCUCACGCUCAGGCAUCUACACAAUAUCUGCCGUUUUACGGAGGCGCCAAGGGACAAUAUUUAGAAGUACAGAAAGACACAAAAGGAUUUGUUGUAAGCGAAAAGAUAGUAGCGGAAGAGAGCAUUAGCAGCGAGAACAUAGUGAAGAACAACGACGAUAGUCUGCUGUCGCGGGUGCUCGCGACCAACCUGCUCAGCCUGCGCACGCUGGCCGGCAGCGCGCUGAAGCUGCUCACGCUGGGCAGGAGGACCGGCGCCUUGAACAACAACAACAAGGCCCGGUUCAGGACGCAGCUCACCUCUCUCGGCGACACCGCCUCCAACACAGUCAAACUGAUCGAAGAGAUCGGUGAGAAUAUCGACGUACUUUUCAACGCCAAUGUGACGCUGCUGCGCCGCUACGAGGAUGAUGAAGAUGACGAUGUGAGUGAGGAAGGCAUCGGAGUGGACGCGCCCGAGGACGAUGACGACGAGGACAUGGAUACAGAGCUCGGCGACUCAAGAAUCGCUGAGGCCAAGCCAGUCGGGUUAGCGGUGAUCGGCGAGACAGGUCUGGCUGCGGCGCGGCCGGUGGGCACGGCUGUGGCGACGAGCGGCGUGGCUCUGGCGCGGCCCGUCGGCACCGCCAUCGCAGGCAUCAACCCCGCGCUCCUUGGCAUCGACUUCCAGAUAAACCAGCUCCGCCGCAGCCUGCACCCGCGCAACAAGAAGCACUAACAUUCUACCAUCUCUAAUAAACGUUAAAUGGGUCACGUGUAAAUUGUAAAUAACAAUAUUCCUUACAUUCGAUGACCUGGAAAUUAACUUCGGUUCAUUUAUAAAUGUCCUGUAUUAAGUUGUAAAAAAAAUAAUAAGCAGUCUAUUCCUUCCUUUGGUUAUAAAUUAUUAUCGAUUAUUAUUUAUUAAAUAAAUUAAGUAAAUUAUUUUAUAUCUUC